UGGGGGAAACAUGGCAACGAAUAGAGGAGUGGGGACCUUCUUAUCUGUCUUCCUGCUGUUCUGCUGGCAAGAUGUGCAUCCCUGGCCGACUAGAGAGUUCUCAGUUUCAGAUUCUAGACAACUGCCAAGUUAUAAAGCUCUGGAUGAUGAUAUAGCUACAGUGUUCGAUGAAAUUCUAGUCCGGGAGAUUUUGGAUCCAGAAAAAACAACAUAUUUUGAAUAUGAAAACCCAUCAACAACCUUACAACCCCAAACAAUAACGAAUAAAAAUGCCGACAAGAAUGAAUCCAGUGCUGCUAACAACUAUGAGAUGAUGGAAUCAUCUUCUGGGACCAUAAAAACCCUUACCUUUGAUGAUAAGGAGAAAGAAAGACUUUAUCAGCUAAAAAGCCUUGAAGCUCUGGAGAGAGUGAUUGACACUAUUCGAAGAGCUAUAGGAAUUCAUUUCAAGAAAAAACAGAAGUAUCAGAAAAGCAGGAGAACCAGACAACUCCUGGGGAGACUAAUCUAG